GAAUCUUUGUAAGCUCUGCAUAUGUUGACCACCGCUUUCGCAAGGCCAUCAGUAUUUAGAGCCGUGCAAAGAACGCAAGCAGUAAACCACCAGCUCCGACCUUUCAGUAUCACAAAUAGCGCCAUGGCCAUCACAGCUUGGGACAGACUCAUCAGAUAUGUCUCUGCAAAAGACAAUCAGAUCAGAUACGGCGAGCCCAUAGUCAGCGGAGACAAGCCAGACAUCGACGACUUGGCUCAAAAAGGAGGCCUCAAGGUCAAAAUCCUCGAAGGCCCAACUCCAAUCGAAGCAAAGCCAACAGGCCAAGAAGACGAAGUCAAACAACUUCUCGGCCCUCUCACACCAAAAGACGUCCCAAGCGUGCGUUGCAUCGGCCUCAACUACAAAACUCACAUCCUAGAAACCGGCUUCGACCUCCCCAAAAACCCAACCCUCUUCUUCAAAUCCCCCCAAACAGUCACCGACACCCGCUCCCCCAUCCCAAUCCCCAAACUCGGUCAAACCCACCUGGACUACGAAGGCGAACUCACCAUCGUCAUCGGAAAACCCGCGAAAAACAUCUCAGAAUCCGAAGCCCUCGAUUACGUCGCCGGGUACAUAUCAGGAAACGACGUCUCAUGCCGCGACUGGCAGAUGGAAAAAGAUAAAGCGGGGAUGAUGCAGCAAUGGGGGUUUUCGAAAUCUUUUGAUCAUUAUGCGCCACUGGGACCGGCGAUUGUGAGUACCAAGGUACUCGGGGAUGCGAGUGGGUUGAAGUUGAAGACUUUUGUGAAUGGGGAGUUGAGACAGGAUAGUGAUACGGGGGAUUUGUGUUUUGGGGUGAGGAAGUUGGUGAGUUUUUUGAGUACGGGGCAGACGUUGGCUGCGGGGACGAUAAUUAUGACGGGAACGCCCGGGGGUGUGGGGAUCGGGAUGAAGCCUGAGCCGAAGUAUUUGAAGGAUGGAGAUGAGGUUGUGGUUGAGAUUGAGGGGAUUGGGAAGGUUGUUAAUGUGAUGAAGUUUGAGUAAAUAGAUCUGAUACAGUAAUGUUACUGUGGUGAUAGAAUUUGGAGUUGGACAUACUUUGCUAUUAAGACCUACAGAUUCGCG